GUUCAAUACAGUUUUCUGAGUGUCGUACGGAAUUUGUAUUGGGAUUGUAACGUGCAGUAUGAGGAUGUUGGGUUGGUUCUGCGCUGUAAUACUGUUCACACUGUUCAGUUCUGAGUUAGUCGAGUCGAAAUUUAAACCGCGAACAAACGAUAAGGACUUAAGUAAUUCACCACAUACUCAUGAAGGUGAACACAGUGCAGCAUAUGAUCAUGAUGCAUUUCUGGGGAGAGACGAGGCCAAGAGAUUCGAUGAUCUGACACCGGAAGAAAGCAAACAGAAACUGGGUGAGAUUGUGGACAAAAUUGAUUUAAAUAAUGAUGGUCAAAUCACUUCCGAAGAAAUGACUGUAUGGAUUAACAAAGUAUCCAGAAAAAUGCUCCUUGAUGAUGUUGAUCGCGCUUGGAAAGAUUUUGAAUUGCUAGACGAAGACAAGUUGCCAUGGGAGAAACAUGUUGACGAGCUGUUUGGGGAAGACGGAGAUUUAGAGGAUGAAGAUGAUGAAACAAAGAAAGCCUAUUCUGAAAAAGACAAGAGGCGUUGGAUGGCUGCCGAUGCAGACGGAGAUGGGAAGCUAUCAAAACUAGAAUACUUAGCAUUCCUUCAUCCAGAGCAUGAACCCAAAAUGCGAGAUGUCGUUAUAAAGGAAACAAUGGAAGAAAUUGACAAAAAUAAUGAUAGCUUCGUUGAUCUUGAUGAAUAUAUCAAAGAUCUGUGGUCUCCGAAUUCACCUAAUGAAACGGAGCCUGAAUGGGUUAAAACUGAAAGAGAGGAAUUUGCCAAACGACGCGAUAUUAAUGGGGAUGGAAAACUGGAUCUGGAUGAGGUCGGCAAAUGGAUCGUACCUGAAGAUUAUAAUCAUGUCCAAGCAGAAGUAACCCAUUUAUUCUCAGAAUCAGAUGCAGAUCAGGUAAAGCUUAUGUUGAUUAUUGUGCCUUCGUAAUUUUUCGUAAAUAUAAUCUCAGAUAUGACUAGUGUCUUUAUAAUACUUGUCAGUUUGCCAUUGUAGGUUUUUGUUGCUAUUUAUAUCGAGAGACUUAAAAGGUAAGAUGGCUCUUAAUUGUUUUCCAUGCUAAUCGUAACCUUGUAUUUUCCAACCAAAAAAUUAGUUUAAUAUUGAACUCUGAAAAUUUCUGGAUCUAGAGAAGUAUUUUCAUUUGAAUAACAUGUGAUAAAUAGUAUGUUAUCCUUUUCGGGAAAGCCUUCUUUAUGCUAGUGUCAGCAAUAUAGACUUGUACAAUUAUGACCAUCCCCGUCAUUUACAAUGGUUACCAACUAUCAUUUUGUGUAUGGGAUACAUGUCGAUCUAAUUUGUUCUCGGUAGAAACGAAUUUUACUCAAACUUUUAUUUUGUCAAUUAUAUGUCGCAUAUUUUUUGAAAUUUCUGUUAAUAUUAUUUAGGAUGGAAAACUCAGCAAAAACGAAAUACUAAAUCGUUACGACUUAUUUGUUGGUAGCCAGGCAACCAAUUUUGGGGAAAUCCUAAUUGGUCAUGAUGAGUUAUAACAAUGUGAAAUCUGUCAGUGAAGUAAUCCGACAACCGAUUGUCUGUUAAAUAUCUUAAGGAUCUUUUUCUUUUAAAAGUCUAACAUUUUCUUGGUUCAUAGUUUCUAUCAGUUAUUAUACGUUAUUACCUCUACUGCACAAACACCGUUAAUUCAUAUGUUCUUGUUAAUCAACACAAACUUUCAAAAACACUUGAUUAAUCAAGUGUGUCAAUAAAAUUUGUUGAAGGUCAUACAUUUUACAAGUGCCUAUUCUAGCGCUUAUUUUGUUUUUAUCUUACAAACAAUUUCGUCUAUAUUUUAUUCUCUUGAGCUAUCCGUUUAUUUUCAUGUUUUAUACUUUUUAAUCGUUUAUUUGUAUAUGAAUCAAAAUAGUUUAUUUGCCAGCUUCAUUUUUAGUUGAUCUCUUUUGUGCGCAUGCUUGUCAUUAAUAUGUUUUGUAAUGUAUAAAAAUAUAUUAUUGCUUUGC